AUCUCAGAAGUAUGACUGAGCUUCUGGACCGGAUAUACAGGGAUCAGUUGGCGACAUGGAUAGGCAAGACUUGUCACUUUCGGUUACUGUACAAGAUCAGCAGAGAUGGUUGUUCAGCCACAACAUUUCACCAACAGUGUAACGGUCAGGGACCAACAGUAACAGUUCUAUACAACACUAACAACACUAUCUACGGGGGGUACCUGUCACAAAGCUGGAACUCUAGUGGAGGUUAUAUCAACGAUCCAAAUGCAUUUCUGUUUCGUCUGCAGUAUAACGGGUCUUCAAACCCGUUAAAGUGUCCUGUCACUAAUGCAACUUCUGCUGGAUAUGGUGGGGGCAACUAUGGGCCGACAUUUGGUGGCGGGCAUGAUAUUCACACGUUUAGUGGAACCAUCACCAAGUCUGGAAAUUAUUUUCCAUUAAACGGAUAUCUCCACGCUGUGGGGAAUUCCUACAAUUUAAAUGGUCAAAACGCUAAUACUAUGUUUAACAAUUCUCUUCAAGUGACGGAUCUAGAAGUGUUUCUUGUAAAAGACGGACCUGAUCCAAACAAGGCAACCAUGGAUUCAGAACUUCUGGACAACCCUUGGAGAAAAUUUCCAGACUUUGAUGUAAAGACAAUGCAGCAGCUUAAAGAAUCAGUUGUGGAAUAUGAACCUGAAAGCGAGGCUAAUGUGACUGCAGCAAACAUCCUUUUGAUUGGACAGAUUGGCGCUGGUAAAUCCAGCUUCUUUAACUCAGUCAACUCAAUUUUUCGCGGGAAAAUCACCAGUAAGGCUCGGAGUGGGAGCUUUGAACACAGCCUCACAACAGUGUUCCGGAAAUACACCAUCAAGGACCAGAACUCAGGUCAUAACCUGAAGAUUCGCCUGUGUGACACUCGGGGUCUGGAGGAGGAUUUUACAAUAGACGCUCAGGAGAUAGCUUAUAUACUGGACGGUAACGUACCGGACAGAUACCAGUUUAAUCCAUCAGCACCGUUUACAACCGAGACCUUUGGCUUCAUUCGGAACCCUCGACUUGGUGAUAAAAUCCACUGUGUGGCGUUUGUAGUGGACGGAAGUACAAUUGACGUCAUGCCCGAAAAAAUCCUCAAACAACUAAAGGAACUUCAGGGCAGGAUGAAUCAGAGAAAUAUUCCCCAGGUUGUGUAUUUGACUAAGCUGGACAAAGUCUGCGCAAAGGUCAAUGAGGACGCAUCCAAUAUGUUUUACAGCCAAGCCGUUCGUGACACAGUCGACAAGGUUGCUGACGUCAUGGGACUACCACGUGGCUACAUUAUGCCAAUCAAAAACUACGAGAGUGAAACUAGUUUGGAACCCAAUAUUGACAUCUUGAUCCUGAAAGCUUUGAAGCAGACGGCAGAUUUCGCAGACGACUACUUAGAGGAACAAGUGGAUAAAAUGGCUGCCGAAGGAAGAAGAGAGGAAAAAGACUAAAAGUGAUUUUUGGGGAAGUCGAACGAUUGGAUAAAAAUUAAGACAACUUAUAAAUAUUACACGAGAGGAAAGAUGUAGAUCUAAUACGUAAAGGAGGUUGGUGGUAAAAUUCCUGUUGAACAGUAUUAAGUUUAAGAAUGUUUGCAAAGGCUUUGACAAAACUUCUUCAUAUUUUUAAAGGAUAUGUGCAGGACAUCAGCGAGCAGCUCAGUGAUAAGGAAGUUGACAAUUUUAUAAAUCCGUUAAAGUAGCUCAAAUAUGAAUAGGGUGCUAGUUAUACAUGUACAGUCAUGUAUUUAUUACGCACGGUGGAUUCUGUGCUGAAUUUCGUCACUUUAUGAUUGCAAUCGCAUGAUGAUAUUAAAAAACGCAAAUAAAAAAGGUGCUACAUGUA